AUGGACGCCGUACGCACCACCCUCCAACCGAUAACCCACAACCUCCCUGCCCCGAUUCGGGACCUGGGCGUCUCGAUCAUUGGGGAGAAAUGCUACAAAUCUCUGCUUCUCAAUAUUGACGUGGAGGACACCGAAUGCCUCAAGUACGCGAUUAGCAAGGGUCUCGGAAUUGGCAUUGUCGGCGCCUCAGCGAUCGUCAAGGUGCCGCAAAUUGUGAAGCUUGUCAAGUCCAAGUCCGCCUCGGGAGUCUCUUUCCUCGCCUACCUGCUCGAAACCUCGUCGUACCUGAUCAGCUUGGCAUACAAUGUUCGGAACGGGUUCCCCUUCAGCACUUAUGGCGAGACGGCCAUGGUUCUCGCCCAGAACGUGCUCAUCACAGUUUUGGUCCUGCACUACAGUGGAAAGGCCAGCAUGGCGGGUCUGUUUGUUGCUGCUCUGGCGGCCAGCGCCGUCACGCUUUUCAACGAGCAGACCUUGGGCAUGAAGGAGCUGGGUUGGUUGCAGGUUGGAGCUGGGGGCAUGAGUGUGGCCAGCAAGAUCCCCCAGAUCGCGGCCAUUUGGAGCCAGGGAGGUACUGGGCAGCUCAGUGCCUUCACUGUCUUCAACUACCUCCUCGGCUCGCUCACCCGCAUUUUUACCACAAUUCAAGAGGUGGACGACAAGGUUAUCCUCUACAGCUUCGUGGCUGGCUUUGCACUCAACUUGGUGUUGGCGCUCCAGAUGGUGUACUACUGGAAUGCGCCCUCGGCGAAGGCCCAGGGCAAGCGCAAGGAGGCCCUUCCCGCCAACAGCGCUCUCACCCCUUCAUACGCUGAAGUUGCGGCGACCUCGACGGCGAGACCUCGCAGCAAGGGCCCCACGACUCGCCGCCGUGGUUAG